AUGCCGCCGAAGCUUGAGGAGGAUCGGCCGUACAGGGGUACGCGAGCAGGCGCGAAGGGACGGAAGAAGAAGUUUUAUAAUAUUCAAGACGAUCUGGUCCGCGCUUGCUGGAGGCUAUUCUCUGUUCGGGUUGCAAAAGCCACUUUCGAAGAUAUAUCCGAAGGCCAUCACAGAGCCGUUCUGCAAUUCAACGAAGCUGGGGACGACAUAGAGGAAGACCACCUUGUGUGGGAAGAUCUGGCUGGGUAUUACCCAGAGCUUUCUGAAGCCGUCCGUGCAGUGGUUGAACGCAGGGGUGCUGCCGAAGGCGCACCGAGCUCCUCAAGAGCUCCCGGCCCAAAGGCCAAGUGGCAGCCGAAGGCAAAGGCCAAGGAGCCAGCAGGCCCGCCGCCGGCAAAGGCGAAGCCAAAGGAGCCUGCAGGGCCGCCGCCUUCGAAGACCAAGGCCCCGUCGCUGGCCAUCCCCGCGUCAACGCGCGACCUUUAUCAGCCCUCGCGGCGCGACCCUUUGCGAAGAGGACGGGUCACAGCUGAGGAGCCGACAGAGGCAGAAGACGUUGGCACACGCAGCCGCUCCCAACCACCCGCUGGAGACACUGGUGUGGAUCUGAGUGCAGCCGGAGGCGCACUAGAGAGGCCAUCUUUGCACGAGGCAAGAAGGGCCCGUACACCACCUGGAACGCGUGCCGCGGAGACAGGCUUUAUUCGUGACCUUCGUUUGCGCGGCUCCGUGCUUGCAUCUUUGCAUUGCGGGGAACAGGCGGAACCGGAGGCCACGGCAGAGGAGCAGCCAGCAGAGGAGCCAACAGCCGAGGAGGUCAAGACCGAGGAGGCAGAGGUUGUUGCAGACGCCGAGGGUGCAGCCGAAGGCGCACCAAUCGGCGAGACAGAGGAGGAAGGCCAGAGCGAGGGCGCAGCCCAGGGCGCGCAGGAAGAAGAGGAGCACGAACCAGACGCCGAGGUCGAGGUCGAG